UUGAAAUGAGGUGGGGACGAGAAAUCAUCAGUUAGCUCAUUGCUAGCUGCCUGGAGCCGACUGACGAGGUGUUAUGAGCUGUAGCCGAAAUCGGUAGAUUAUUUUAGUUUUGAUAGGUGCAACGAUGACCCUCUGACACCAAGAAUGGACAUAAGUUAACAAUGACGGGGGAGAAAAAGAAGAAAAAGCGGCUGAACCGCAGCAUUCUUCUUGCAAAGAAAAUUAUAAUAAAAGAUGGAGGAAGUCCUCAGGGAAUCGGUGAGCCAAGUGUUUACCAUGCUGUGGUGGUCAUCUUCCUGGAGUUUUUUGCAUGGGGUCUUCUUACCACCCCGAUGCUUUCGGUAUUACACCAGACAUUCCCCCAACACACAUUCCUGAUGAAUGGGCUUAUCCAUGGUGUCAAGGGCCUCUUAUCAUUCCUGAGUGCGCCGCUGAUUGGAGCGUUGUCAGACGUAUGGGGACGCAAAUCCUUCUUGCUGCUUACCGUCUUCUUCACCUGCGCACCUAUUCCACUGAUGAAGAUCAGCCCAUGGUGGUACUUUGCAGUCAUCUCCAUGUCCGGCGUCUUUGCUGUCACCUUCUCUGUGAUCUUUGCCUAUGUGGCAGAUAUCACACAGGAGCAUGAGAGGAGCACAGCAUACGGUUUGGUAUCUGCUACCUUUGCGGCCAGCCUGGUUACCAGCCCGGCCAUCGGAGCCUACCUGUCUGUGGCCUACGGUGACACCUUGGUGGUAAUCCUGGCCACAGCCAUUGCCCUGCUCGACAUCUGCUUCAUCCUGGUGGCUGUACCGGAGUCGCUGCCAGAGAAGAUGAGGCCAGCAUCAUGGGGAGCACCCAUCUCCUGGGAGCAAGCAGACCCCUUCGCUUCUCUGCGUAAGGUGGGCCAGGACUCCACGGUGCUCCUCAUCUGUAUCACAGUGUUCCUCUCCUACCUCCCCGAGGCCGGCCAGUACUCCAGCUUCUUUCUCUAUCUCAGACAGGUCAUAAGCUUCUCAUCAGCGACAGUGGCUGCCUUUAUUGCUGUAGUGGGGAUCCUCUCAAUACUAGCCCAGACUGUGGUGUUGGGGAUCCUGAUGCGUUCCAUAGGGAAUAAGAACACAAUCCUGCUCGGCCUCGGCUUCCAGAUCCUCCAGCUGGCGUGGUACGGCUUCGGCUCUCAGCCCUGGAUGAUGUGGGCUGCUGGAGCUGUUGCAGCCAUGUCCAGCAUCACUUUCCCUGCCAUCAGCGCCAUUGUGUCCCGUAAUGCAGACCCCGACCAACAAGGUGUUGUCCAGGGGAUGAUUACUGGAAUCCGGGGCCUCUGUAACGGUUUGGGCCCUGCUCUUUACGGUUUUGUCUUCUACUUGUUCCACGUGGAGCUUACCGACACAGACGGCUCUGAGAAAGGUGCCAAACCGAACAUGGCCAACCCCACUGAUGAGAGUGCCAUCAUCCCUGGUCCUCCCUUCCUGUUUGGUGCAUGCUCAGUGCUGCUGUCCCUGCUCGUGGCCCUGUUUAUCCCCGAGCACACAGGGCCCGGCAUGAGGCCCGGCGCCUAUAAGAAGCACAGCAACGGGGCACAGAGUCACUCCCACAGCCCUCAAGGCAGCGGGGCCGAGGGCAAGGAGCCGCUGUUGGAGGACAGCAGUGUAUAACCACAGCUAAGGGGGCCAGACAGCGCUCCAACCCAACGCCCAUGCACACAUGGACAGAUGCACACACAUUUUACCACAUGGACACACUCUCACCUCAGGCACACAUCAGACUCAAGUGCCAUGAAGAGGUGUUUGUGUCCACAGCACAAAAGUGGGCACUCCCUCCUUAGCAGCCGUUUUCUUUUUUUUUCUUUUUUCAAAGCAGGGUAUUGUGAGGACUCUCUAAAGACCCUGUAUCAAGAGAGCCUGUUGAGUUUUUUGGGGGGGGGCUGCAGUGGAAAGGUGUGCGUUUGUGAGACUUAGCUAAGCUGGACUCUAAUCCUUUGUUUCUAUAAAGCAGUAACGGAGUGGAGCAUAUAACAGCUUGCCCCCACCUCCUAGUGCAAAACAGAACCAAAGUGAUUUGGUUUAGAGUGUGAGUGGCGUAGAUCUCAAAUGUUGCUAAAUCCUUGUGUGCUUCAUAUUCCUCUGUAGCCAGUGAAGUGACAACUUUGUUUGUCCAACAACAGUUAGUUGAGCACUUGUCUAAUGGUCUUUCACAAGCUAACUUCUGUUCUGAUGCUUGUCGUUGCGAAGACAGCUCUGUUAAAGCAUCUGAGAAGGGAACACAGUUCUUCCUCUGAAUGCACAGCAGCAACUGUCCACCUGUGAGAGGAGUCUCUGCAAACCAGUGUGGGCAGAGGCACAGCCUAAUCUAGGUCAGAAUGGGUCAGCCAGUUUGGAUAUAAAAAGCUUCGUAACACCACACUUUCUUUAAACAUCACACUUCUUACGGAGAGAAGUGUGCGAGAGAGACCACUUUAUUAGCUAAAACUGUUUUUCAAUGUUUACUUGCCAUUCUCUUCUAGAUUAGUAGUACAGUUUGGGUUGUAUAUUUUUCUCUGUUGUAACUGAAGGCUAGUUGUGCUUCAAGUUUUUAUUCAAGAAACAAAUGUUGCCUCGAAGUGACUUACAAAAAAAAAAAAUAUAUAUAUAUAUAUAUAUAUAUAUAUAUAUAUAUAUAUAUAUAUAUAUAUAGUAACCUGUAUGAAGACCGAGGUCUGAGAAGGCUCUGUAAUCUUGCGCUUUCGCUCCCAUCGGAGCUGUUACACUUUUUAUUCCUUUUUUGUUUUCAUGCCUCUUCUGUUACUUUGUUUCCUGACAUUUAUCACCUUCAGGGUUAAAGCUUACAGAACCAUGGUUUUAUUUUAAAAGCCUCCUGGACCAUUUGGAGCUAGAGCGUUGCUAUCAGCAGGUCAGUGUUGGCACUGACUGUUAAUACGGAGUCUUUGAAUUGAUAUCAUCAGGUUAAACAGAAUAUCACUCAUGCUGCUGCAGUAGAUAAUUCAAAAGUUAUUUCUAAAGUUGUAAUAUGAAAAAUGAAACUGUUUCAACAAAGUUUCGAAAUUUAAGCUUCCAUACAAACUGUUAUGAACAUGCACUGCACAUUCCUCAGAUGGUAAAAAAAUUGUAGAUGGUAGAACCGAUGUAGAGCACCUCAAGGGACUGGCUUCUAACUCUCAUUUAACAGCCUUCAGAUUCUCCACCGAAGGGUGCUAUUUGGUCAUUGUUGGACCAGUUCCUUUCAUGCCAACCUAUGCCACCUAUUACAAAAGGUUGUUGCAACAGUUGUUCAGAAAUAAAUGUUAAUCAACCCCUACAGGCAAGGAAGGUAACCGCUGCUCCAAUUUCAGAAAUGUUACAGCUGCAGAUUUUUCUUUUUAAAAGCUGACGUAGGAGUGGUUUUAAGGUUUUACAUUUACCACAAACACCUGUUAACUAUGCUAAAGUAAAAAAAUAGUGUCAAAUGUCACUCAAAGUGCAAGAUUAAAGGUAUUCAUUCAUAUAAACAUGAAAAUAGCAGUGCUCUCAGCCUAAUUAGCCAAUGCCAAUGGCCAAAAUAUAGAAAAUAAAUGCCCAUUAGAUAAAAUCAACACACAACUACAUGAAAUAAUAAAACGACUUAAAAGAACCAUUUAAACAGCAUACAAACAAACUGGGAUUAGGACCGUUUUAGUCCUCCCUUUAACCCUCCAAUGGAUAUUAGAAAUCUAAAAAAGUAACCAGGAGGACAGAGGUUAGGCUACACAAUGGUAUUGACAUCAAUGUGAACGUCCCAGAAUUCAUUAGUAAAUGUGAUCCAGUUAACGCACAAAAUGUAAAACUUCAAAUAUCCGCCCUUACAACAACCUGAAAGUGUCAAAACUGCAGCAGCUGUUUGUUUCUUUCCUGUAGACGGUGCACAUCGGCGUUCUGUCUGCAGGGCUAAAUUGCUGCCGUUGCCUUUCUUGCCAGUAGGUGGCGCAUGUUGAACAUGAAUUGCAGGACCGAAACUGCAGCUCUAGAAUUGGAUAUUGGUCAACGCCUGGUUUUGGUGCUUCACAUCAGUGACACUGUGUUCCCUUUGUUCACAUACUGUGUAAUAUUUUGAAAAUAUCCUAAUUGUCAUUUUCAAAAAUGAAUUUGUAAAUGCCUCAAGUGCAUUUCAAUAGCCAAAUUGCAACCC